CCUGGAGGAAGCGAUUAAAUCUGGUUCGGAAGUUAGGUCGAAGAAGUUCAUCCCAAAGUGCGGUUGUCGUCUCUUAUUCGUACUUGCAUCAUCGCUUAUUCCAUUUCAAUUCAAUCUACAACUAGAUAGGUCUAGUCUAAGUACCUAGGUAGUACUGAUAAGACGCAACCCGGAAAUUUGGGUGCUGCAACUUUUUGAUAGCCAAGGAACCCCCGCCUUGCUUUUUGCUUCUCCGUCCAGCACCAAGCCAAGCAGCAGAUAGAUCGCGUCUGACCCAGCCAAGCCUCCAAGCCUCCAAACGCGGACGCAUUUCGAGAAUGCCGAUCUCAAUCCAUUCCAAUUCUACUACUCACAACCUUUUCUCCUGAUCCCCCGCUCCGCCAGCGACUCGAUAAAAACCCAUCGCAAUCUUGCAGGUGCCUGCGGCGACAAGACCUGACACACCCAUGUUCUCAGUGUCGAUGCGACGCGGAUGACUUCCGAGCACGCAAUGAUCGACAACUUUCUGGGAUAUCAGACUGUGAAUAUUCGAUAACAGAAAACUCAUACAACCAGACGCGAUCCUAAGUCGAAAAAAAGACACCGAACGAACCAUUGCCAUAUUGGACAGAUGGCGAGCAUGCUGCGGUGGCGGCGGCGUCCGCGCAUUGCGCUGCAAUACCUGGCAGUCGUCUUCGCAGCGCUCUCUCUCUUUUUGCUUGCUCUCCCACCCGAUCACCCCAUUAUCCUCUCGGCCCGCCUGGCGACGCACAAGUUCCUCUCCCACUUUCCUUCCUUGUACAAUAAUGACAAGUGGAUCUUUCGGCCGUCGCAGUUCCCCGUCGACAUGCACGGGGAUAUCGCGACGAUCCUCAAAACCGGAUACGGGACCUGGAACCGCCUCCCGGCGCAACUGGAGGCGCUUGGUUGGGCGUUGAACGAGACGCGCGGGCAGGGGCAGAGUAUCAUGGUCGUCGGGGAUUAUUCCUCGCACUUCCAGUCGGACCAGCACGACUUUUCGGUGCACGACAUGCUUGCGGCGGCCGAGGGGAGUGAUGCCUUGUACGGUAUGGAACGCGGCAACCGGCUGGAACUGUACCACAGGUUGAACGAUGCCAUCCGGUCGGGAGAGGAUGAUGUUGUUCACCAAUUGAACAGGGAACAUGGCUGGGAGUUGGAUGCUAUGAAGUUUAUCCCAGCCUUAGAGAGAGCAUGGAAAGUAUUUCCCAGAAAGAAGUGGUAUCUGAUGCUUGACGACGAUACAUACGUCAUUUGGCCGUCGCUGCAGCUGUUAUUGGGUCAUCUGGAUCCAUCCAAGCCACUUUAUGUAGGCAAUGCGGUUGGUGAUUACAGGAAGAGGUUCGCACACGGCGGCUCAGCCAUCGUCAUAUCGGGAGAGGCCAUGCGACGGCUCUUUGACCACCGACCAGAUGUUGUGCGAGCCGUGUACGUAGAUUCCCUGACGGAAAAGUGGGGCGACCGACUACUGGCACAGGCGUUCCUCAAGCUCGGCAUAUAUAUCGAGGAGCGGUACUCGCGCUUCUUCAACGGAGAACGGCCACGAACAACACGCAUCACGGCCGAAAAGUUCUGCGCCCCGCUGUCAUCCUUCCAUGCGCUAGCCAGACCCGGCCAGAUGCUUGAGGUUGGCGAAAAGUUUCGGGGCAUUACUACACCCGUGUUCUGGGGCCAGCUCUGGCGGUUAUACGGCCAGCCGGAUUUCCGAAAUCUACAGCAGGAGGAUGCCAUCAGCGAAGGCGCAGAUCACGUGGGGAUACUCGACGAGAGAGUGACGACCAAGAAAAAGGUCAAGUCGCCAGAAAAGUGCUUCCGCCAUUGCAACCACCUGAAGAGCUGCUUGGCUUGGAGGUGGGAGCAUGAGACAAAGACUUGUCAUCUGGCCCCGUGGUUCAUCAUAGGAGGUGAAAACGGGUCGCUCCAAUCGGGAGUAAGCUCCGGUGUGCAUAUUGCCAGAGCGAAGAAACUGCAAGAAAAAUGUCAGAGGCGUGGCGUAAUGAUUUCGGACAUCUAAUGGGGUAUGUGGAUGGCCAGCUACCCAUGAGCAGCUUGUUUUGCUGCAUCAAGAUUUUGUUUUGUUGUUUUGUUGUUUUGUUUCUUUUCUUUGUUUGUUUCUUAGACCAUUUGAACGAUAGUGAUACCCACCUAUGAUUGAGCGAAUAACGGGCUCUACUCUUGUCGCAACGCGAAACAAAAGAGCCUCAAAACUGCAUUGUAUUCUUGCUCCUUUUUAAGUAAAGAAGAGAAAGACCCUUAUUUCCCGAUGCCUUUCAUGACCUUGCGAGUAUACGUAGUUGUUUGGCACCCUCGACUAGGCAACUCCGGA